AUGUCAGUCAUGCGGUCGUUGGCUACAGGUAGUCGAAAUCGUGUCAGUGAUCGAAGGUCAUCGGGAACGCGUGCUGCACUUCAUAUUGAACCAAAAGUUAUUCACGACGAAGCUCCAUCUCGCAGUACAGUUGUAAGGUGGUCAAAAUGGUUUCGUGAAGGUGGAGAACAGAUUGAAGAUGAACCACGACCUGGUCGACCUGUAACCAAGACAACAUCUGAAAAUAUCGAAGAAGUUCGACUCUGA